GGGAAGCAAAUUUUCUCAACUACAACUUCAUCAAAUCCAUCAAAUACUUUACAAAAAAACAUCAACGCCAAUUUAAUUAAUUACAAUUGUAAAUGUCUGGAAUGUAGUAUCCCAUCGUUCAAGAAUAGCUCUUAUGUUUACAAUAAGGAUAAGCAAAACGUGAUUCUUCAAGUAUGCAAGAAAAUUUUGAGUGGUAUUCAAAUGGAACAUAAUCGCGCAGAAUUACUUUAUGAUCGAAAACCAAUGACACACAACCAAAUUUCUAAUUAUCAGGAU